AUGGGCACGACCACUGCACCACGACCUUGGGACCUGGGGCAUCUCCAACAAUUCCUACCUGAUUUCUCGGAUCCUGUCAACGACAACGAUAGUCAUGCCAUUACCCAUCCAGCAGACGUGAACAGAGCCUGCCAUGACGGCGACGACGCCGACGGACUGGGAGACUUCUCCAGGAUCUAUACGUUCCUUGGACCUCAAGCUCUCAUCGCUUCGAGCCGCGAGCUGGAGUCUAUCCCUUUCAAAGAUGACUAUGUAUCUGACGGAGCGGUCUAUCAGCCCAGUGGGCUUCCUCAGCAUCACGCAAGCUCUCCGGCUCCCACCGUUGGCAUGGACAGAGUCGAUGCUGUACUCGCCUUCGAUCAGUCCGAUUCCGUGAAGCCCGACGACAGCAAUGUGGCAAACGCAAAAACCAAGAAGCAGCGGAAGAGGGCAAGAUACCAGGAGAGAAAGGCUAUGCUGGCAGCACAACGCAGCACUCUGUCCGAGUCCGAGUGUGACUUUGCGCUCGGCAAAGAGACGCCCGCCAGCAAAGCUUCUUCYCAUGGCAUGUCGACCAGGAGUAUGAGUGAAAAGACGCAGAAUGGUUAUGCCACUCCGAGUGAGCAAGCUAUUAAAGCCGUUGCAGAGGCGGCCGCACGUCAGAAGGAUGAAGGGGACACCGCGCCGGAAACGCCUUGUCCGACAAAGCCGUACACUGCAAAACCGCUCGAAAACCAUCCAACCAAACGUCAUGCUCGUGGGGCAGCUGGAAGACUACCGGCACACUCUGGUACGGACGGAACUGGUGCCGUGGUCAGUGCUCCACAAUUCGGUCCGCUACACACUGUCAAGACUCACGACCCUUGGCCACCUACCCAGGAGAAACAAGAUAGUGGCCCGCCGUUUAUUGUCAAGACUCACAAUCCUUGGCCCUCUCCUGCUCAGCCGAAGCAGGACAACGGUUCGCCGUACAUUGUCAAGACUCACAAUCUCAUUCCUUCCUCAAUCCUGCCAUCGCCGAGCAACCGCAAACCGGACGGCGCUGCGCAGACCAAAACACCUCCAAACCUGGGUAAUGUUGCCGCCCCAACGCCAACGAUCAAGCCCAUUACUCUCCGGUCGGGAGAAGAUCGAGAAAUGUCCUUGUUUUUCAAAAUUCUGAACGACUUUGGCUCAGAUCGCAAGCAUUUGGUACGGCCUUCGAACCUCACAACGCACAACUCAGACCCGACUGGCAUCCACGUUUUUGUAGACGCCAGUAACAUUUUCAUUGGAUUCGUCGAUCAGCUCAAACGAGCGCGGGGUAUCCACCCGAGACAGCGAGUUCCAGACGUCAAUCUUUCGUUUGACAGUCUUGCACUCCUGAUCGAGAGAAGGCGUCCAGUGGCAAAACGAGUACUGGUCGGAUCGACCCCUCACAUUGCUGCCUUCGACACGGCCAAGGCUGUUGGCUAUGAGGUUUCCGUAUUGGAGAAAGUGAUGAAGGCGAGGGAACUCACUGAACGUGGAAUCUAUUUCAAGGAGCUGGAUGACCGUCGCUCUGGACGAAAGUCGAGCACGAAACCGCCUCCCCACAAGAUUGCACUCAAGGGUUCGGUACUCACACCCGUUGGCUCGGAAACGACCACUGCUUAUGAACCUCAAUUCACCCCUGUCAGUCUUGUUGAGCAAGGUGUAGAUGAGAUCCUACACCUGAAGAUGAUGGAAUCCGUGCUCGAUGMGGAAACGCCGGGCAUCAUGGUGCUAGCAACGGGAGAUGCUGCCCAAGCUGAAUACAGUUCUGGAUUUAUGGCGAUGGUGGAGCGCGCUCUGCGAAAGGGAUGGACUGUCGAACUGACGAGCUGGGCAAAGAAUGUAAACUCCUUGUACCGACACAAAGCGUGGACGGCAGCCUGGGGAGAGCGGUUUCGAAUCAUCGAACUAGACUCGUACGCCGAGGAGUUGCUCGAUAUGUAA